AAUGAUAACACCGGUGAGCCGCCUCUGCUCCGGUUACCAUCAGCCACGGAGCGAGCGUCAUCUUUUGUUCGCUCUGCGUUGCUUCUCUCUGUCCGUGUUCGUGUUUUGGUGGCGAGACACUGACGGUGAGAGGAAGCCGACACGCAAACGAGCCUCCGGGUCAGAUCGGCGACUGUUUUCCAUCUGCGGCUACGCCUGGUAUUUCCUUCGACAUAUCGUUGUCCAGCAAAGACCAAGGAGCUGUGUGAGUCUAUCUAUCGAAGCAGCACAGCCUCUCUCAGGUGAUGGACACCUUGUGACUCAGUGUGACCAGCUUUAACUAUGAGGAAAUCGGAUUCUCCCUGUCAAAUCAGACUGUUUCUCUGUGAUCUGAGCAGGAAGAAGCGACUAUCAGGCAAUUUGAGCUACUCUGACCUGGUAAAUUACCCUUAUGGUAACAGAGCUUAACCCCUCAUCCUAACCAGCAAUCUCCUGGGGGUCUCCUCUCCUUUCUUCUGUGGGGACCAGUAAUGGAUCUCCUGUGGGUGCUUUCCGUGUCCAUGCUCGCUGCCUGCGUAGCCAUCCCCAUGGAUGCGGCGGCGGGGAGUCACAGUAUGUUCACCUGCGAGCCAAUCACCCUGCGCAUGUGUCAAGGGCUGCCAUAUAAUUCCACCUUCAUGCCCAACAUCAUGAACCACUACGACCAGCAGACGGCCGCUCUCGCCAUGGAGCCGUUCCAUCCCAUGGUCAACCUGCAGUGCUCUCCAGACCUCAGGAUGUUCCUGUGUGCCAUCUACGCUCCAGUGUGCACGGAGUACGGUCGGAUGACCUCCCCCUGUCGCCGCCUCUGCCUGCAGGCCAAGAGCGACUGUUACCAACUGAUGGACAUGUUUGGUGUCAGCUGGCCUGAGGAGAUGGACUGCAACAGGUUCCCAGACUGUGACGAGCCCUACCCCCGACCUGUGGACCUUCUGUCCAGCUCAGACACAGCUGAGUCCCCCAUCUCUGUCCAGAGGGACUACGGCUUCUGGUGUCCCCGGGAACUCAAAAUAGAGCCGGAGCUUGGCUACUCCUUCAUGGGGGUUAGGGACUGCUCCCCUCCGUGUCCCAACAUGUACUUCACACGGGAGGAGCUGACAUUCGCCCGCUACUUCAUUGGAGUGGUGUCCAUCGUCUGCCUGUCUGCAACACUGUUCACCUUCCUGACUUUCCUCAUUGACGUAUCAAGGUUCCGCUACCCAGAGCGCCCCAUUAUCUUUUACGCCGUCUGCUACAUGAUGGUGUCCUUGGUGUUCUUCCUGGGCUUCCUGCUGGAGGACCGAGUUUCCUGUAAUGCAGCGAGUCCUGGAAGGUUUAGGGCGUCCACAGUGACUCAAGGAUCACAUAAUAAGGUCUGCACUCUUCUCUUCAUGGUGCUGUACUUCUUCACCAUGGCUGGUAGUGUGUGGUGGGUCAUAUUAACCAUCACCUGGUUCCUAGCAGCUGUUCCUAAGUGGGGCAGUGAGGCCAUAGAGAAGAAGGCUCUCCUCUUCCACGCCUGUGCCUGGGGCGUCCCAGGUGUCUUGACCGUCACUCUGCUUGCCAUGAACAAGAUAGAGGGAGACAGUGUGAGCGGUGUUUGCUUUGUGGGACUUUACAACCUGACAGCACUGCGUUGGUUCCUGCUGGCCCCGCUGGGACUGGAUGUUGUGGUAGGCGUUGUGCUGCUGCUGGCAGGCAUUGCUGCGCUUAAUCGUGUCCGCAUGGAGAUCCCUUUGGAGAAGGAGAACCAGGAGAAACUGGUGAAAUUCAUGAUUCGUAUCGGCGUGUUCUCCAUUCUCUACCUGGUUCCUCUGCUGACCGUCAUCGCCUGUUACUUUUAUGAGAGCAGCUACCGAACCAUCUGGGAGACAACCUGGGUCCAGGAGAAGUGCAGAGACUACCACAUCCCCUGCCCCUAUAAGGUGGAGAGCACCAGUCGGCCCGACCUGGCCCUCUUCCUCAUUAAAUACCUGAUGAUGCUGAUUGUGGGAAUCCCCUCGGUGUUUUGGGUUGGCAGUAAGAAGACCUGCUUUGAGUGGGCAAGUUUCUUUCACGGCAAGAGACGCAAAGACGGGUUGGUCAACGACAGCCGUCAGGUUCUCCAGGAGCCCGACUUUGCGCAGCUGCUGUACAGGAACCCCAACACCCCCAUCGUGAGGAAGUCGAGGGGCACAUCCACCCAGGGAACCUCCACCCACGCCUCCUCCACCCACCUGGCUAUGCUGGAUGAGCCCCCCAGUGCCAGCACCAGCCGGGCAGGAUCAGUGCGCAGCGCUCGCUCCAAGAUGAGCAGUUACCAUGGCAGCCUGCACCGCUCCAGAGAUGGGAGAUACACGGCUUCCAGCUUCCGGGCGGCAGAGGAGUGGCUGCCCUACGGCAGCAUGCCCCGCCUCAGCGACCAGUCCAGACACUGCAGCACCAACCAACUAGACAGCCUGUCCAGACACGACUCCACCCUACGAUUGGAGAGCCAAUCACGGCACAGCAGCAUCAGGGACCUGAGCAGCUCCAGGCAGGCAGUUCUUGGUGUUCCUGGAAAUGGGAUUCACAGGAUGCUGGAUGACAACGGAGCUCCAAGCUAAACCGACCUGCAGCCUGCUGGAACCGACCUAACUGGACAGGGUGGUGGACAGAGCAGGAAGGCACACUAAUAUUGUUUUCUACAGAAUAAAGAAUGUAUGAGAACAAGACCUAUGGAGACUUGUCCUGGGUCAGUUUGGGACCUCAGAAUGAGACAACUGAUCCAGUCAGACUAAGAGAAGCACAUUUGGAUCUUUGCCUUAAUGUCUCUCAGCUUUAUCUGCCAGUCCAGCCGAUCCAAAAAGUGACACUUGAAGCUGAAUGUUGCCAGGUUUACAGAUAAAUGGAGGCUACAUUUAUAGUUGGACCUAAACUUCUGAGCCUGACUAAAACAACUGUGAUUUCUUUUUUUACUUGUAUAAUUUGUGAAUUGAAAAGGAUUAUACAGUUUGAGACAGUAGCUUUUUUCUCUAGCUUGGGCUUCUAGGGACUCAAGAUAUUUAAAGCAGGAUUUUUCACUAGAUUAUCCUUAUUUUCAGGUGAAACAUCAUGAAUCUGAAGCUUCUCUCCAGCCCUAAACUUUACAUAAGCCUCUUCAGACUGAACUAUUCCCGAGUAGGUACACGCAACUACCUCCGACAGGAAGUGUGGGAAUGUGAUCAUUGCAUUCGUUGUACCCAGCUUCUAAUCCCAUUUCUGUUUGUGUUGUGAAAAGGAAUAGUGCACACCAAGUUUAUGGCUGGCGACUGAGAUAAAUCAUUUCAAAACCUU